AUGCGUUCUUCUAUGCUCUUGCUGUCUACCCUCGCCGGCUCUGCCCUCGCUCUGCCGGGAGUUUUCCCUCACGGUUUCAACUCCACCUCCUCUCACAGCGCCACCCACUCUCAUACCCUUCUUCCUACUGGUGGUGGAGGUGGUGAGAAGCCCACGGACACAGGAAAGGGUGGUGAGUCUCAGACCACCACCGCUCCUGGAGGGUCUGGCUCUGUUCCCGGAACCACUGUGACCUCAACCAUCACCGACACCAUUACGAAGACGACCUUCAAGCCCUGCUCAACCCCAGUCCACACCGAAGGUGGCACCACCUACUAUAGCUCCUGGGUGACUGCUUCCACCUAUGAGACUACCACCUGCUAUACCACCACCACUGUCCUGACUUCCACUCCUACCGCCGCCCCCUCUGCCCCUGCCGAGACCACUGUCGCUCCUGCUCCCAGCGGUGCUCCUGGCUCCGAGACCUGCCCUCCUGCCUCCACUGUGACCGUGUAUGUCACAGUUGGCAACGGUGGCUCUGGUGCUACCACCACCGUUGCUCCCGGUGGUCAGGGUGGCCACCACUGCGAGCGUUGCGAGACCAUCACCUAUACCAACACUCAGGGCUACACUACUACCAUUGUGAUCCCUCCCAUCUCUGAGCCAACCGGCACUGAGACCGAGAAGACCACAACCACCGAGGUGCCCUCUUCUACUACGACUGAGACUAGCAAGCCCACCGGCACUGGAUCCCACCACACCCACACCAAGCCGACUGGAACCGGCAAUGGACCUGCUCCCACUGAGACCAAGACCUGGCACGGUGGUGCCCACAGUGUUGUCCGCAACUAA